ACCAAUUUCAGACUCUCUCUUUCAGUAGCUAUGGCUUUUAGACUUCAUCUUGUUUUGAUCAUCUCAUGCGUUCAUCUGAUUUGCCUGUCAAGUCAACAACAAGAAACCGGGUUUGUCUACAAUGGCUUCGAACAAGCAGCAGAUAUUUUUAUGGGUGGGUUCGCCAGGAUCCUACCUGGUGGACUUUUACAGUUGACAAAUACUACAGAGUUACAAACGGGCCAUGCUUUCUACAAGCAACCAUUUGAUUUUGAUCAAUCUUCAUCAUCACUCUCGUUCUUUACACAUUUCGUGUGUGCGCUGGUGCCUCCUAAGUUGGGAGCUGAUGGUGGCCAUGGGAUUGCCUUUGUUGUAUCUCCUUCCAUGGACCUCUCUCAUGCACUCGCAACUCAGUACAUGGGCGUCUUCAGCAACCCAACAAAUGCUACUUCCUCUUCUUCUUCUCAUCUACUGGCUAUUGAGCUUGAUACUGUCAAGACAAUAGAGUAUAAUGAGUUGGAAAAGCCUCAUGUUGGGAUUGAUCUGAACAGCCCCAUAUCUGUUGAAUCUGCUCUUCCUUCUUAUUUUUCCAACACCUUAAAGAAGAAUAUCAGCAUAAAUCUCCUGAGUGGGAAGCCUAUCCAGGUCUGGGUGGAUUACGAUGGAUCUUCCUUAAAUGUUUCUCUGGCCCCUAUAGAAAUUAAGAAACCAGAUCAGCCUCUUAUGUCAAGAUCCAUCAACCUGUCUGAAAUAUUUCAAGAUAAGAUGUAUGUUGGGUUCUCUGCAUCAACAGGGAACCUUCUCAGUAACCAUUAUAUACUUGGGUGGAGUUUUAGUAGAAGCAAAGAGCUAUUACAGGCCUUGGACCUCUCUAAACUCCCUCUGGUUCCUCCUCCUAGAGAGGAGAAAAAGGAACUAUCUCCACUGCUUAUUGGUUUGAUCAUCUUAUUGGUGAUCCUUGUGCUGGUGGUUCUUGGGCGAGUUUAUUUGUAUAGGAGAAACAAGUAUGCAGAAGUAAGAGAAUCUUGGGAAAAGGAAUACGGUCCACAUCGAUUCUCUUACAAGUCUCUGUACAAAGCAACAAAAGGGUUUGGCAGAGAUUGUCGUGUUGGGAAAGGUGGGUUUGGAGAAGUCUACAAAGGAAUUCUUCCCUUGAGCAGGCAAAUAGCUGUGAAAAGACUUUCACACGAUGCAGAGCAAGGAAUGAAACAGUUUGUGGCAGAAGUUGUGACUAUGGGAAGUCUACAGCAUCGAAACUUGGUUCCUCUUCUUGGUUAUUGCAGGAGAAAAGGUGAGUUACUUUUGGUCUCUGAGUACAUGCCUAAUGGUAGUCUUGACCAGUACUUGUUUAAUAACCAAAACCCAUCUCCUUCAUGGUUGCAAAGGAUCUCUAUUCUUAAGGAUAUUGCCUCUGCUCUCAGUUACUUGCAUACAGGAGCCACACAAGUUGUUUUGCACAGGGAUAUAAAAGCUUCUAACGUCAUGUUAGAUUCCAAUUUCAAUGGGAGGUUAGGUGAUUUUGGUAUGGCAAAGUUUUAUGAUCAUGGAGCCAACCUAUCUGCAACAGCAGCUGUGGGAACCAUAGGUUACAUGGCACCUGAGCUAAUAACAAUGGGAACUUCUACAAAAACCGAUGUUUAUGCCUUUGGUGCUUUCCUUCUUGAGGUAACUUGUGGAAGGCGACCUAUGGAACCUGAGCUGUCAGUGGAACAUAAAUAUUUGGUCAAGUGGGUCUGUGAAUGCUGGAAGAGCGCUUCUUUACUCGAGGCCAGAGAUCCAAGAUUGGGAAGAGAUUUCUCAGCUGAGGAAGUCGAGUUGGUUCUGAAACUCGGUUUGCUCUGCACAAAUGCUGUGCCAGAAUCAAGACCUGCCAUGGCACAAGUGGUGCAAUACCUAAACCUGGACCUGCCCUUACCGGAUUUCUCGCCGUAUACUCCAGGUAUUGGAGCUUUUAUGCCAGUCUCAAUGGAAGCCUUAUCUGCUAUUGUGUUCCCCAGUUUGAGGAACUCAUCGUUUUCUAUGUUUGUUACUCACACGAUCUUGGAAGGGCAUGGGAGAUGAGAUUUUUAAGAAACUGUGUAUUUCUCUGUAUCUAAAUC